AUGGACCAAGGUCGAAUUCGUACGUUCGUGUACUACAAGCUGCUCCUGAGCAACGACACGGGCACCACGGUCGUUAACAUCUGCAGUGCGUGCAAGAAGGAUGUAGUGUCCCAACGUUCAGUCAGGCUCUGGUUCAAUCGUUUCGGGAGUGGCGACACGAGCCUCGAGAGCAGGGAGCCCAGCGGGAGGCAUUUUACAGUGGAUGAUGACGAAAUCCGUCGCUAUAUCAAGGAGAAGCUGGAAGCCACCACCCGCGAACUGGCGACGACGCUCGUCUGCAGCAAGUCCACCAUCCACGAUCGCCUCAACUUACUCGGCCACCACAAAGUUCUGGCCCAUUGGAUCCGCCACCGCCUGACAGACGCCAAAAAGCAGAGCCGCGUGACCGUCCGCCAGUCCCUCCUCCUUCGUCCGCCUCGCAAAGAAUUUCUCGAGGACCUGGUCACUUGGGAUGAGACCUGGAUUCUCUAAGGCAACGACGCCCGCCGUACCGUCUGGAUCACGCGCGAAGAAGAGCCGCCGACAACGCCGAAAGCCGACCUGCUCUCGCUGAAGAUCAUUCUCUGCUGCUGGUGGGUCGCCGAAAGCUGCUGCACUUCAAGCUGCUCCCGCAAGACAGAACAGUCACCGUCUUCGUCUACACCGGUCAGCUCGAGAAACUAGCCGCCGCCAUCCGGGAAAAGCGUCCCCGACGAGCCUCGGUCCACCUUCUGCACAACAGCGCGCGCCCCCACGUGGCGAAGGAGACCUAGCAGAAGUUGACGACGCUUGGCUGGGAGACGUCGCCCUCUCCGACUACCAUUUUUUCCGCCUGAUGAAGCCCUAUUUGGCGGGAAGAAAAUUCACCGACUACGACCACCUCACCUCCGACAUCGCGGACUUCUUCGAGUCGCAGCCCGCGGAGUUCUGGGCGAAAGGCAUCGGCGACCUGCCCAAUCGAUGCGCCACUGUCGUGGAUAACUGUGGUGCUUAUAUUGUUGAUUAG